AUGCCUCGCGCCUUUCUCAUCAAGAAGAAGCACUCCGCUCUGUCGGAGUUUACCGGUGGAGCUCAUCGGGCUCACUCACCUAAGCUUUUUUCACCGAAUGGUUCCACUGGUUCUCUUGGAUCGCCCAGCUCAUCCACAGACAGCAUCAGCUCGUCAUCACCUCGCAAUGACGAAAACGAGUUGUCCACCGUUUUCCAGACGCCACUGCCCAAAUACAGCUUUGAUCGAGUUGACAACAACCAAUGCCUCGACCUAAGCAUGAAAAGCCUUCUCAAAGAGACCAACACAAUGAAUGAAAAGGCAAAUAAAAUUACCUACCCCAGCUCAUACAGUUCUACCCCACUGCAGUACCAGGAGCCGUACAUGUCGUACCAGGGCAAAUUUGCCAAGAUUGCCGGCUUCCUUCGCACCCGAGAGGGCAACUCAAACAAGACCACCACUGUCAGCAACACCGUUUUUGCCCCAUCCAGUCUGUCUCCCCUCAGUCAGUCGUCUGCAGCUGUCAUGCACCACCAGAAGAACCACCACGAGAAGCCAGCCAACUACUCCAAACCCAUCAACUACUCUGCAGCGAUGAUGGAGAACGUCAGCACCAGUUGCAGCAACAACAGCAGCAGUCGCCUGCCACCCUACAGCAUCAACUGGAGUGAACACUUCAGCGUGAACAAGCUGGUCUCCCCGACGCCUAGCAGCCAUGGCUCAGAUGACUCCGGCCGAGGCAGUGAACACUCAGAGGACGUGCACUCGCUGGGUGAAAGCACUGGCAAGCACUACGGAAGCAAAAUGCCACUGACUGCCAGCAAGAAGUCAGACCGAUACCAGUGUCCAGACUGCAAUAAGAGCUACUCCACUCAGAGUGGCCUGGCAAAGCACCAGGAGUUUCACUGCUCCAGCCAGGUGAAGAAGUCAUUCAGCUGCAAGCACUGUGAGAAGGUCUACGUCUCACUGGGUGCCCUCAAGAUGCACAUCCGCACGCACACACUGCCCUGCAAGUGCAAACUCUGCGGAAAGGCCUUUUCUCGACCCUGGUUGCUUCAAGGUCACCUUCGAACCCACACCGGUGAGAAGCCUUUUGCCUGUCAGUUCUGCAAUCGCGCCUUUGCCGACCGAUCCAACUUGCGUGCUCACCUUCAGACGCAUUCAGUAGUGAAGAAGUACAACUGCAAGAGCUGCAGUCGUACCUUCUCGCGAAUGUCUCUCCUGCUAAAACACGAGGACAACGGAUGCACUGCUUCCAGUCGAGGCAGCCUUUCACCCCAAACCGAGGAGUCAAUGGAGCACUAG